AUGAAUACUAUCGAUGAUUUCCAUUUUCUUAAAACGAUCAGUCGUGGUGGUUAUGAACGAGUUUAUUUAGCAAUAAAGAAAAAUGAUGAAAAUAAAACAAAAUAUGCAAUUAAACUUAUUAAUAAACGAUAUAUAGUUCUUAAUGAAUGUAAUGUACUAGCAAUAAUGAAUAGUCAAUUUGUAGUUCGUUUCUUUUAUUCUUUACAAAGCAAAGAAAAUAUUUAUUUAAUAAUGGAAUAUAUGAUUGAUGAUGAUUUAAUAUCAUUUUUAUGUAUAAAACAUAUACUUGAAAAACAUGAAGCACAAUUUUAUGUUGCUGAAAUAGCUCUUGCACUUGAUUAUUUGCAUCAACGAGAUGUUACAUAUUGGUAA